GCUUUAUUGAUUCUUUCAUAUAUUAUUACUUUAUAGUAAUCAAUCUUUUUACAAUUUUCUAUCGAAUUUAAAGCGUUUAGUGUUGUGAAAAGAAUUGUGCUUGACUUCCUGCACAAUGCUGGGCCACUACUCAGUGCUGUCAGAAAGCCCUCACUCACUGCUAGAGCCGCCGUCUCCCGCGUACAGCAGCGUGACGGUGCGUCGCGCGCUCGUCGUGUGGCUUCACUGCGGCCAGAGGAAUCAGUUCCGACAAGUCUGUGACUACUACCACAGGCUGGAGGCGAUGGAAAGCACGCUGUCACCCGAGGACCGAGCCACCAGUCGUCUCCACGAGUUCAACUUGCUGUCCGGCUACCCUCCGACCUCCAAGUUUCUGAUGGAGCUCUUCCCCAAGCUGUACUGCCACAGCAAAAAGACAAGUAGCGCCAAGAUAAUCAAAGAAAUCAAAGUCGAAGAAAUGAAGCUUGAAAACUGCGUCUUCAAUCUCGAAGGUUUCCAUGACAUGAAGAUACAAAAAGGCACCACUACCAAAGACAUCAUCAAAGCCAGUCAAAUCAUCAGAAAUUAUUGCAAAGCUUAUUCGAAAUCUCUAAAGGUUUUGCUCACAGAAUUUCAAAACUUUGCCGAAAAGACUAAGUGUACGAACUCGGUGGAUAACAUCACAAUGUAUAUUAAGAAGAAGUAUUUGAAAGAUGAUUUAGAGAUUUGGCAGAAUAUGCCGCGUUCUUUUCCUUUCCUAAAUGAUAUAGAAGAACCUGUAAUAAACAUUGGACCUAAGAAAGAACUUGUUAAUAACAAGAAUCCUCCAAUUGCUGUUGAUCAUGUUAAAAAUGCAAAUAAAAAUGCCAAUAAAAUCAGAAUAUUGGUGAACGAAUCGAGAGUAAAGGAGCAUGUGAACAUUAUGCCUAACUUUGCAGAAUCAGCGAUAAAAGAUAAAAUGAACGGUACAAAUGUACAAGCUGUGAAGUUGACAAACAUUCGUCGGGACAAAUUAAGUCCUCUGCAUUACGCUUAUGACAUCAGUCAAUGAACACUGAUCUCUAAAACAAUGGUGCGUAUGUUACCCAGAUGUGUAUUAGAACUUUGUAUGAAUUUAAACUAAGUGUGUAUUUCAUACUAGCGUAUUUUUUUUCUUACAUGUGGUCAGUUUAGCCGACGACGUGGCACAUUCGGCGCUUAGUAAUCUGAGUUUUGACGAGUUAAUAUCUAGAGUACGCGCGUAUACGCGCGACAACGCUCGAAUGAGUCACGCAUUUGGCAAACUUACUUCGUACGCUAGUUUUAAAAUACGUUUAGUUUUAAAAACCAAAAACUUUUUCUUUACUUAUAAUAGUUGUAAUACAAACUUAUUUUUGGAGUGUAUUUUUAACCGACUUCCAAAAAGGAGGAGGUUUUCGCUUCUUUGGUAUAUUUUUUUGUUAUUUGUUAGUUUAAUGGUCUUCCUCUUUACUUACAGUGAUUACAUUACAAACUUAUUGUUUAAGUGUAUUUUUAACCAAUUUCCAAAAAGGAAGAGGUUCUCACUUCUUUCGUACAUAUAUUUUUUUGUUAUUUGUUAGUUGAAUAGUGACUGCACAAUA